AUGUCUUCACAAAUUGUACCAAUUCAUCGAACCAAUGCAGGUUCCAAUCUUGCUGCUAAUAAAAACGACAUAUGGUUUAAUGCAUUUGAUUUUGCACCUGGUGAUGAUAGCAAUAUUCGUUGGCUCAGUCGCCCAAAUCAACAAUUAGUAAGAGAUAAAUUUUCUCAUGAUACAGAAAAAUUUCGUAUUACAUUUGAUGUUGAAAAUUUUCAACCUGAACAAAUUAAAAUUUAUAUUCAAAAUCGUAAAUUAACUAUAUCAGGUGUUUAUGAAGAACAUAGUGAAGGUCGUCAUAUGCAAAAACAAUUUGAACGAACCUUUGAUGUUCCAGCUAAUGCUGAUAUUGAUUCAAUGGCAUCAUUUAUAACUGCAGCUCAUAUGCUUGUUGUUGAAAUUCCUCUUAGUUCAUCACCACACAUUGAUCAUUUAAAUGUUAAUGAAAGUGCUAAUAAUCAACGUCGUGUAUCAUUUUCUUUAGAUAAAUUCAAUACAUCAAACAAUCAAGGUUUAUUAUCAACAUCAAAUGAUUCAGGUAAUUUAUCAACACCAGGUCAACAAGUUCGACGAACAUCAGUUACGAAAACUACUACAACAACAACAACAAAUGGUUCAUCUGGUCUUUCACCAGAAAUAGCUGAUUUACUUAAAAGUGUUGAUACAACAACUGGUGGUAGUUCUCAAACAUACAGUACACAUACAACUGAACGUCGCUCAUCAAAUGCAGGUAAUCAACAACUUGCUAUUCAUGAACCCAAUGCAUCAUCAUCAACAACAUCAAACAAACAAACAACAUUGACAACUUCGGAUUUGUCAAACUUACCACUUGAUAUCCCACCAGAACUUUUGGCUAGUGGUGGUACAAUAACAAUACAGAAACGAAGAGUUUCAGUAACAAGAGGCGCAGAUGGACAUACUGAUCAUACUGCCUCUGCACCAUCAACACAUAGCAAUGAAACACAUUCUACAUCAUCUACAACAACAAGUUCAACAAAUAAUACUAAUCAAGCUGUUGCUGUACCAAUUAAUCGUGGCAAUGAAACACAUUCAACAUCAUCAACAACAACAAGCUCAACAAAUAAUACUAAUCAAGUUGCUGCUGUACCAAUUAACCGUAGCAAUGAAACACAUUCGACAUCAUCUACAACGAACAAUGCAUCAUCAAAUACAUUGAAUCAACAACAAUCAAGCACAAGUGAACGUCGUGGUUCAAAAACAAUUUCAAGCAGUAAUCAAAGUCGAAUGUUUACACUUGAAGAAUUUCUUCAAAAUAAAACAUGGAAUCCAUCACUUGUUGAUGGUCAUGAUGGUAAAAAAAUACUUUACAUGCGUUUACAAAUGAAACCAGGUACAAAAUUAGAUCAAAUGAAAAUUUCACUUAAUGGACAUGAUUUACGCGUUGACGUCAAUAAUAAAAUAGACGCUGAUGGCGGUCGACAUAUGAGUGAACAUAGUUACCGUCAAGUUACUCUCUUCCCUACUUGUGAAGUUGAUCAUUUGAAAACAGAAUUGAAAGAUGAUGGCUUUCUACAUAUUCAAGUACCAAUUAAAUUAUAA